AAGAAAUCUUUGUCAAAAGAAAAAUAAAAUCAAGAAAUCAAUCACAGAGCUCUCUACUCUUUCCCUCCUCCUCCGCCUUCUUUUUCACUCUCUCUGCUCUUUUCUCAAUCGCACAACUUCAUCCACCACACACCACACCCACAAAUCAACAUGCUUCCUCUUUCACUUCUUAAGACUGCACAAGGCCACCCUAUGUUGGUGGAGCUGAAAAAUGGAGAGACUUAUAAUGGUCACUUGGUUAAUUGUGAUACAUGGAUGAACAUUCAUCUCCGGGAAGUUAUUUGUACCUCUAAAGAUGGAGACAGAUUUUGGCGGAUGCCCGAGUGUUAUAUACGAGGCAAUACGAUUAAGUACCUUCGUGUUCCUGAUGAGGUUAUUGACAAAGUUCAAGAAGAAACCAAGAGCCGCACAGAUCGCAAGCCACCUGGCGUGGGACGUGGUAGGGGAAGAGGGGGAGGUAGGGAGGAAGGUGCUGGUUCUGGUGCUGGUGGACGCCAACCAAAAGGUAUUGGGCGUGGUUUUGAUGAUGGUGGUGCUAGAGGAGCUGGAGGCCGAGGUAGGGGUAGCCAAGGUGGAAAGCCUGGAGGAAGCAGAGGUGCUGGACGAGGUAGAGGUUGAUCUAAGCAAGUGAUAUGAAGUGUGAACUACAUCCAAUGGGCCAGUUUGCUACUUUUAGAGGCAUUUGUGCUUUUUCUUUAUGCGUACCUGCAACAGAUUUCACUGCCCGUGUUUCAUGUGAAUCCUUGGAUUUUAGCUUUCAAGUAUUUUUCUUGUAUUUAUAGUCUCAAAAAUGUUGGUGCUAUUAUAUAUUAUUAUUUGAGGAAGGAUUUUGUCAUUGCAUCAACUUCUAAUGCCUUCCCAAUGGCAAACUAUUUUUUUCUUUUCAAUAGUGGCAAGAGCACCUAACCUUUGUAUGCUUAAGGAUAGUCCUUUAACAAUUGUAGAUGAAAUGUUUUGGAGGGGUUUUAACUUGAACUAAUGUUCUAGUUUAGUUAAAAA